UCGGGCUGCAGAGUACUAACGUCAAACUCUUUUCGUUGAAUGUUUUUUCACGUUUUAGAGAAAGGAACAUUUUCGGACAUACUACUCCGACAUUGCACAGCUAUCAUAAAUACAAGCAGUCAGCUAGGUAGAGUGAGCUGUAUGACUGUUUGGAUAACUUGCUUGUGUUAUUGACGAAGCUCCGCUGUUUUGAGCAGAAACGAAACGCUUCGAAAAGCUUCAUAAAAAGCUGGAAGGACCCGCAUUAGCUGGACUGUCUGCAUCGCUGCCAACAACAAUGAGCUGCCUAAAAGAAGAAACUCGAAGUGUCUCCCCUCACUGUCCCAAACCUGACGAGUCUGAGGAGCCGCUGGGCACAGCCAUUGAAACUGGUGCUACUGCAGAUGAGAGUAUGAAGUCUGAGAGUAUGACAGCUGAAGUGGUGAUUACUAAGGAAAUGGAGGAAGAAGAGAAGAAGCUAAUGGAGCAAGGCGAGAGGAAAGAGAAGGAGAUGAUGAAAAAGGCCAGGGAGUCUUGGGAGAGGGACUCGCAUGACAUGCGGUUCAAGAGGCUCCAGCAUUUGCUUCAGAAGAGCAACAUCUAUUCUAAGUUUCUGCUGACAAAGAUGGAGCAACAACAGAAUGAGGAGAGACUCAGGAAGGAGAAACUUGAGAAGAAGGCCAAGAAGAUGCAAAAUGCCAAUGGUCCAGAAGCUGUCAAAGCAGAUAAGAAGAAAAGGAGAAGAGAUGAAGACUAUAAAAUAGCAGAUGUGAUGUCAAAAGAAGAAAUUAUGUCACAGGCAAAGAAAGCAAAAGUGGAAGAAGUGGAAGUGGCGCCUGCCCAGAAGAAACUAGAAGCUGAGGAUAUUGAGAAGAUGAGCGAUUCCAACCAAGAUAUAAAGAACCGCCUGUCGGAGACGGUGCGCGACAACGCUAAGCACCUCCUGCAUCCUCAUAGGAAGGUGAACGGGCAGCCAGUUCCUGUUCAGCAACCACAGCUCUUCACUGGAGGCGUCAUGAGGUGGUACCAGAUCGAAGGCAUCGAGUGGCUGAGGAUGUUGUGGGAGAACGGCAUCAACGGGAUCCUGGCUGAUGAGAUGGGCCUGGGAAAGACCAUCCAGUGCAUCGGUCACAUUGCCAUGAUGAUAGAAAAGAAAGUGUUAGGCCCCUUCUUGGUGGUGGCUCCUCUCUCCACUCUGCCCAACUGGAUCAAUGAAUUCAAACGCUUCACACCAGAGGUGUCUGUGCUGCUUUACCAUGGCUCUCAGCCAGAGAGGACCAAGCUGCUGAAACAGAUCUGCCGGCCUCAGGGGCCUCUUAGCAUGUGCCCUGUAGUCAUCACCUCCUUUGAGAUCUCCAUGAUUGACAGAAAAUUAUUACAGCGCUUCCAGUGGAAGUACCUAAUAGUGGACGAAGGCCACAGGAUCAAAAACCUUAACUGUCGGCUGGUGCGGGAGCUGAAGAUGCUGCCCACUGACAACAAGCUGCUCCUGACAGGCACACCGCUGCAGAACAACUUGGCUGAGCUCUGGUCCCUGCUUAACUUCCUCCUGCCGGAGGUCUUUGAUGACCUCAAAAGCUUUGAGUCGUGGUUCGACAUUAACACCCUUGGUGAGGCCGACAGUAUGGUGGUUGCUGAACAUGAGCAGAACAUCCUGAGUAUGCUGCACCAGAUUCUGACUCCAUUCCUGCUGAGGAGGCUAAAGUCAGAUGUGACGCUGGAGGUUCCUCCUAAAAAGGAGAUCAUUGUGUACGCUCCUCUGACAGCCAAGCAGGAGGCUUUCUACACUGCUGUAGUCAACAAGACCAUUGCCAAGAUGCUGGGCCAGGAAAAGACAGAGGCUCCUGUAGCCCUGACAUCCAGCGGCAGGCCGAAGCGUCGCAGCCGGAAGGUAGUGGACUACAAGGAAACGGAUACAGACACUCCAUAUGACCUGGAGAAAUAUCUGGAGAGGGUUCGCAAGGAGCCGGAGCCGAGCUUCCAUCCAGUGCUGGAUGUCCAAAGCCCGCUGGACGCUCAGGUCAGUCUGAAGCUGCAGAACAUCCUCAUGCUGUUAAAGAGAUGCUGUAACCACCCGUACCUGGUGGAGUACCCCCUCGACCCCGCCACAGGGGAGUUCAAGAUCGAUGAGCAGCUGGUGCAGAGCUCUGGGAAGUUUCUCAUACUGGACAGACUGCUGCCAGCACUGAAGAGAAGAGGUCAUAAGGUUCUCAUUUUCAGUCAGAUGACAUCUAUCCUGGAUAUUCUCAUGGAUUACUGCUAUCUGCGGGGCUUCCAAUACAGCCGCCUGGACGGCAGCAUGUCAUAUGCUGAGAGAGACGAAAACAUGGCCAGGUUUUCCAAAGAUUCGGAGGUGUUCAUCUUCCUGUUGAGCACCCGAGCAGGAGGACUGGGAAUCAAUCUGACAGCUGCUGACACGGUCAUCAUCUUUGACAGCGACUGGAACCCACAGGCAGACCUGCAAGCUCAGGACCGCUGUCACCGCAUAGGACAGACAAAACCAGUAGUGGUGUACCGCCUGGUCACAGCCAACACCAUCGACCAGAAGAUCCUGGAGAGGGCGUCUGCCAAGAGGAAGCUGGAGCAGAUGGUCAUCCACAAGAACAAAUUUAAAGGUGGGAAGGCAGAGCUGAACCAAAAUAAAAGCUGCAUUGAUCUGGAUGAGCUGCGGGAGCUGCUCAAAGCUCGAGGCGCUGAGAAGGAGGUUAAAGCUUCGAAAGGGAACGUCAUCAGUGACAAGGACCUGGAGAUUCUGCUCGAUCGCAGCGACUUGCUGGACAAAGAAAAGGACGGCAUGAAGAAGGCGAAAGUGGGAGUCUUCAGAGUGAUCGACGCCAAAGAGUUCACGCUGGGCUGAGAACACUGACGCUUCACUAAAACAGCAAAGCUGCAGCCAUGUGUUGCCAUCACUCACAGCCACUGAAAACCUGAAACUGCUGUUUGUACAGUUUGACUUUGUUUUUUAUGUAAGGUGCUUCCCUGUAGUCUCAUGGAGUGAGGUUUUUUUUUUUUGCUUUUGUUGUGAUGGCCCUGCUACGACUGAACUGACACCAGCGUGUUCAACUUUUAACUUCAUCAAGCAAAACCAGAUUCUCUCCAGCUGAGCCAAUAAAACUGCCACAAGCUAAUUCACGCACUUUAGUGUCACUGUGCGGAUUUUUACAGAGAAAUAUUUCACUGAAAUACUCUGCUGCUCACAAAAUAGUGACGAGGUCACUGACGACGGUUGAUUUUCUUUAAGGCUCCUUUUAAAAGCCGUUUAUCAUCAUUCCCAGAAUUGUACUUAAAACACUUUGAUGCAGCUGGAGUUGGAUAUGUUCUCAUGUCUUGAAAUAAAUA